AUGCUCUCCUCCUUGCUUUUCGCCGCGGCGACGGCGACGGCGACGGCGACGGCGUCGUUGGGGGCCCUGGCCUUGAGCCCUCAGACCGGCAGCAACGCCGCCGCGGUUGACGAGCAUCCCGGGAUCCUGAGCUUUCCCGUCACGGCGACGACCAAAUAUUCAGUAACCAACGGAGGGAGCUCGGCGACGGAGAAGCGACAAACCGCCGUGGACAUUAUCAGCCAGAACCAGGGCACCUUUUACACCAUCGACCUGGUCCUCGGCACGCCGGGGCAAAAGGUCACGGUCGUCUUCGACACGGGCUCGGCCGAGCUCUGGGUGAACCCCAACUGCGCCAAGUCGUACGACCCGACGCUGUGUUCCAAGUUUGGCCGCUUCACCGGGUCCCAGACGCUCGUCGACGCGCACGCCAACGGGGAGAUUCGAUAUGGCACCGGCGUGGUCGAGCUGGCGUACGUCUAUGACUAUGUGCAGUUGGGGCCGGCCAAACUCUCGCAGCAAAUCUUCGGCGUCGCUCUAGACAGCAACUUCACCGUCACGGGCAUCAUGGGCGCCGGUCCCAUGGGCGCCACCUGGAACAGCAGCUACCCCCUCGUCGUCGACUCGCUGGCCCAGCAGGGCUUCAUCAGCAGCCGCGCCUUCAGCCUCGACCUGCGCAAGAUUGGGGACGCGCGCGGCUCCGUCACGUUCGGGGGGGUCGACACCAAGAAGUUUUCGGGCACGCUGGAGAAGCGGCCCAUCAUUCCCGGCAAGGAGACGCCCGACAGGACCAUCCGAUACUGGGUUUACCUGGACGGCAUGGCCGUUACUUACAGCAACAACACCUUCAGAUCCGUCUUCCGCAAGGUCAACGGCGUCCCCGUCUUCCUCGACAGCGGCGGCACGCUAUGCCAGCUUCCGACAUCGGUCAUCAAGGAGCUGCUCAGGUCCUUCCCCUCGGCCAAGAAGAACGGCAAGGUCUACACCGUGGACUGCCCGGCCGCGGACUCCGAUUGGACUGUUGACUUUUACUUCGGCAAGACGGUCGUCCGCGCGCCUGUGAAUGACUUUAUUUGGCGCUCGGGAAAGUACUGCAUACUCGGCGCGUAUGAAAACGACAAGGAGGCUAUACUGGGCGACACGUUCCUUCGCGCCGCAUACGUCGUGUACGACCAGGACAACCAGAAUAUUCACAUUGCCAACAAUGAGGAUUGCGGCAGCAACUUGAUUCCCAUUGGCAAGGGUCCAGACGCAGUGCCAUCCGUGACCGGAGACACCACCACCUCCUGGCGAUCCGGCACGGUGUCGUCAACGUCCAUCACCCGCUCGUCCAACUUCACGGCUUUGGGCAACUAUACGUGGACCGUGCCCACUAGAACCCCAACCGGCACCGGUAGCAGCGCGACGACGACGACGACGACGUCAUCGUUACCGACCGUCACAUCGACCGUCAAGACCACUCGGACGUACACCAUCACGUCAUGCGCGCCCACGGUGACCAACUGCGACAUCGGCAAGGUGGUCACCGAGGUGAGCACGUUCUACACCACGUAUUGCCCGAGUAGCACCAGCACCAGCACCAGCACCAGCAGUACCAGCAGUACCAGCAUACAGACGUCGCGAGCAACCAACAUAACCACGGGCACGGCCAGAGCGAGCGUCCCUAACUCCAUGUCGACGACCCCCGUAUACACGCUGCCGUACAGGUACACCUGCCGCUACGGCCCGAAGCCGUGCCCCAGCGAGACCCGUCCCCCAGCGCCGGUCGUGACCAUGCAUUCCGUCGUCACGCAGUCGACGACUGUCAAGGUCCCCGGCUGCGCAUCCUGCAGCGGCACGUCUCUCAUCUCAUCGUCGUCAUCGUCGUCGUCGUACUCCAUCUCGGGCUUUGGGGGAGCCUCGAGCGGCGUCAACACUACUACGAGCGCCACAUUGCCAUCUUUUCCUCCUCAGGCUUCUGCGACUGCAGGCAAGCCAGUCAGCAGCAGCAGGUCGGAGCCGAUACUCGGCAGCCCGACGACUCCAUGCGGCAGCACCUGCAGCUCCACUCUGCAAGCACCACCGACUGCUACCGGCGCCGGCGGCAGACGUUUCGAUGCGCCCGGCAGCGCUGCCCUGGCCGUCGUCGGUGUGGCGGCCUUUGCGUUCUGGUAA